ACCUCCAGUAUCUUAUUCAAUAGGCACAAUAUAUUGAUGCAUAUACCAAGGAAGAAAGACUAUCUUGUUCUAUGACCCUGUGUGGUUCAAAUGGCUUGUAUAUCUGAUGCGGAGGAGGCGGUAGCGUAGCUGGUUGGAUCAUGGGCGCAGACGACGAAUUCUACGUGCGCUAUUACUCAGGUCAUACCGGUCGAUACGGUCAUGAAUUCCUCGAGUUUGAAUUCAGAGGCGACGGCAUGUGCCGAUACGCCAAUAAUUCGCAAUAUCGUAACGACAGCUUGAUUCGCAAAGAAAUGCAUCUCAGCCCAACUAUGUUGAAAGAACUCAAGCGUAUCAUUGAGGACAGCGAGAUUAUGAAGGAAGACGAUAAUCAAUGGCCACGAAAGAACGUAGUGGGUCGACAAGAGCUUGAAAUCCGCUUUGGCAACGAACAUAUUUCUUUCGAGACUGCAAAAUUGCAGUCAUUAGGCGAAGUCCAGGAAAGUAAUGAUCCCGAUGGUCUUCGAGCAUUCUAUUACUUGGUGCAGGAUCUCAAGUGCUUGAUCUUUUCCCUUAUUUCUCUGCACUUUAAGAUCAAACCGAUUUAAUUUCUACAUGGACAUACUGUAAAUUUUCACAAAAAAAUGUGCGUACACUUCUAUUCAUUAAAAUUACAAAAGGAGA